AUGUCUUCCUACGACAAGUCCCGCGGCUCGGCCGGCGGGAAGACCUCCUUCUUCCACAGAAACAAACAUAAGGCCGACAAGCGACAUACCGACGACAGCUCUAUCCACUCGCGCACGUCGCGCCACCACCGCGACUCCUCCGUUGUCUCCAUCGACCGUCCUAGCUCUGCCGAGUCAGGAGUCAAUCAGAUGGCCGGUGUUAUUAGCACCAUCCCCUUCGACGGCUUCGGCCCGGACGGCCGCUCUCCUGUCUCGGUCGACUACCUACCCAGCAGCGACCAGGUUCCCGUUCGGACAAGAGAGCCCCUGCCACACCAUCUUAACAAUGCGACGAGCGACUUCCAUCAAUACCCGAGCAUCGACCCCUCGACGAUUCGCCCGACGAGCCCUUAUUCCUCGGGGCAGCGGCCGCCCACUCAACACAGCCAUGCCCCUCCUAAUCAAAACUAUGUACCCCCGCAUCAGCAGAAUAUCACAAUGGCGACGACGGGACGUCAAAGGGAACCCGUCUACCAGCAAUGGGGCCCCGCCAGGGACAGCAAUAUCUCGAUAUCUUCCCGGUACAACUCGUAUGUGGCAUCCACAGGGCGUAGCUCGGCCGACAACACGAGCAUGACGUCAGGUAAAGCAGGACCCUACUACGAACAAUACGCGGCCUAUCGCUUAUCCAGGACAGCUCUGCCCAGCGCCUCAUCACAAUCCUCUUACCUCUCGCCUCACUCUCCUAGGGAGCAGAACCGGUUGACCAAGUUCCCCUCGGCGUAUUCCUACGGCGAUAGCUUCCACUUCCCCAAGCCCGACGACCCCCGAGUGAUCGAGGAAAUGUUCCUGGAGCUGAUGCAGAAGCGCGGAUGGCACAAUCUCCCGGACCAAGCCAAGCGCCAGAUGAUGGCUUACCCCUCCGACAAGAAAUGGACCCUCAUCUACCAGGACCACUUAACCGAAUGGCAGGGCGAGCAACGACGCCGACAGACGGCAAAAUCUGGUCAGUACAACCCCUACGACCUUGCCCAUCUCCCCGAGGAAGAAGGAAGUCCAGAAUGGUACGUGCGCAAGGUGAUGGAGAACGCGCUGGACAGCAAAGGGCUGGGCAGUCUCGAAGUCAACUUGCGUACACAGCAAAUAGGCUGGGACCGGAUCCGGGCCGACCCCGGGCUCGACACAAAAAGGAACAAGGGCGAUAGCGAUCUCGAUCGGGAGUACGAUAUCGUCAAGUGCCUGAAGGCAUUGAUGAACAACAAGUUCGGCGCCGACGAUGCUCUGGCUCACCAGCAGGUCCUCGUGGCCUUGGCCACGUCGCUGAUCUCGCCCCGGAUUACCACACGCAAGCUCGUCAGCGAAGUCUUGACAUUCCUCUGCCACUGGGGCGAGGGCAAGGGCCAUCUUAAGGUGAUCGAGGCCAUGGACGUUGUCAAGAAUCAGCUGGGCGAGAAUGGCCGGUUCGACGCCUGGAUGCGUCUUGUCGAGGUCACCAUCGAUGGCCGCGGCAAGAUGGGCAGCCUGGUCGGCGCCAGCGAGGAAGUUCGCAGCGGAGGCAUCGGCAUGGAGAACUUGCUGAUGGAAUACGCCGUCGCGACGCUCAUCCUCGUCAACAUGCUGAUCGACGCGGCCGAGAAGGACCUCCAGAUGCGCAUCCAUAUCCGCGCGCAGUUCACUGCGUGCGGCAUCCACCGCAUCAUGAAGAAGAUGGAGGCCUUCCAGUAUGAGCUGAUCGACAAGCAGAUCGAGAGGUUCAAGACCAACGAGGCCAUUGACUAUGAGGAUAUGCUGGAGCGCGAGAACAGCAGUAUCAAGGAUGGCGUAGACGGCGAAACCAGGGACCUCAACGAUCCCGUCCAGAUCGUGGAGGCCAUCAUGCAGCGUCUCAAGGGCACCAAGACGCAAGAUUACUUCGUCUCGGCGCUGCAACACCUGCUCUUGAUCCGAGACAAUGAUGCCGAGGAGCGUCUCCGUAUGUUCCAGCUGGUCGACUCCAUGCUGAGUUACGUCGCCAUGGAUCGCCGGCUGCCCAAUAUGGACCUCAAGCAGAGUCUCAAUUUCACUGUGCAGACCCUGCUUGACAAGCUACACACGGACUCGGAGGCUCGCCAGGCCAUUGAGGAGGCAGCUACGCAGAAACGUAUCGCUGAAGCUGCCCUGGCCGAGCGCGAUGAGCUCAGGGAGAAGCUUGAGAUGGGCGCCGACGGGCUCAUUGCCAAGCUCCAGAAGCAGAUUGAUGAACAGGCCAGGUUCAUCGAGACGCAGAGGCGGCAGAACGAUGCCCUCAAGGCAGAGAUUGCGAGCUUGCACACGCUCCGGGCAAAGGAGGCCCAGCGCUACGAGCUCGAGACUCGCGAGCUGUACCUUAUGCUCCGCGAUGCUCAAGACAUUGCCGCUUCGCAGGCCGCCAAGGGCAAGAUCAGCAGCGAAACCGCUCACCAGCAGGGCAUUCUGGAUCGCGAGAAGCUUAUGGAACGUCUCCAGAUGCAGAUCGAGCGCCAAAAGACCAUGUACAAGCUGGAAGGAAAGGUCUGGGGCGAGCACAUCGGGCUCCCGGACCGCCUGCGCGCCCUGCGCGAGGAGAUGGACGGCUACGGAGGCCCGGAGCCGACGCGCGAGGGCCUCCCCCGCGAUCUCACCAACAGCAUGCUCGGCAGCGUCAAGCGGUCGGCCCACGGCAUCCCAAGGAAACCGAUACGGCCGCGGCCCGCGGAGCCGGAGGAGGACGUUGUCAUGGAAGAGGGCGGCGACGAGUCGCCCAACGAGGACGUCGGCGAGCUUGUUUACGAGAAGCCGCGCUUGGUCCAGAUCAAGCGGCCGCCCCUUGUCGAUCCCAAGCAGCAGGCAGCUGGCAUGCUCAGCGAGCUGCAGGACAAGGUCAAGAAGUACGAUGCCAGCGACUCGGAAGAGGGCGAUGGCGUUACCACGGGUCCUUCCCAUCCGAGCAUGGACUCGCAGACGCCGGCCACGCCAAGCGACAACGAGCCGCCCAAGAUCGAGCACCAGUAUCCGGAGGGCCGCCACCGCCGCCCCCUCCUCCCCUACCGGCCCAUAUCCCUGGCGCCCCUCCCCGGCCCCAGGGGCAUCUGCCUCCCCUUCCCCACGGCGCCGCCACCACCACCACCACCUCCUCCUCCUCCUCCUCCUCCUCCGGGAAGGCUUCCAGGAGCCCCUCCCCCCAUUCCAGGAGCAGGUGGCCCUCCGCCCCCUCCUCCGCCACCACUGCCUGGAAAGAUCCCCGGCGCCCCUCCCCCGGCAGCCGGAGCACCACCACCGCCUCCUCCCCCGCCUCCAUUGCCCGGGGCCAACGGUAUUCCCCCGCCGCCGCCGCCUCCUGCUCCCCCGUUACCCAUUCCGGGCUCCAUGUCAGGCCACUUCCUCUCCCGGCAGGCCGACAUUGCCGUCUCGUCGCCAUCUCUUGGCUUGUCAAUUGUCCGGCCUAAGAAGAAGCUCAAGGCUCUCCACUGGGAGAAGGUCGACGAUGCCCUUACCACACACUGGGCCGCUCAUGCCCCGUCGGCCGAAGCAAGAGAAGAGAAGUAUCUCGAGCUGCGCAGGAAGGGCAUCCUCGACGAGGUCGAGAAGCUCUUCAUGGCCAAAGAGACCAAGGCGAUCGGCCAGGGCGCCGGCAAGAAGAACGACAAGAAGCAAAUCAUCUCAAACGAUCUGCGUAAGGCCUACGCCAUUGCGCUUGCCAAGUUCUCGCAAUACUCGGUCGAGAAGGUGGUGCAGAUGAUCAUCCACUGCGACACCGAAGUGCUGGACAACCCGGUCGUGCUGGAGUUCCUGCAGAAGGAGGAUCUCUGCACGAUUCCGGACAAUGUCUCCAAGAGCAUGGCGCCUUACAGCAAAGACUGGACCGGCCCCGACGCCGACAAGGUCGAGCGCGAGCAAGACCCGAACGAGCUUACAAGAGAAGACCAGAUCUUCCUGUACACCGCCUUCGAGCUGCACCACUACUGGAGAGCCAGGAUGCGGGCGCUGGCGCUUACUCGCAGCUUUGAAUCCGAUUACGACGAGAUGACGGAGAAGAUGCGGCAGAUCGUCAGCGUGUCGGAGUCGCUGCGCGAUUCGGUCUCGCUGAUGAACGUUCUCGGCCUUAUUUUGGACAUCGGCAACUACAUGAACGAUCCGAACAAGCAAGCCCGCGGUUUCAAGCUCUCAUCGCUCGCCCGGCUGGGUAUGGUCAAGGAUGACAAGAACCAGUCCUCGUUGGCCGACCUCGUCGAGCGUAUCGUGCGCAAUCAGUACCCGGAGUGGGAGGGCUUCACUGAGGAUAUUGCCGGCGUGACGACUGCCCAAAAGAUCAACGUCGACCAGCUCGAAGCCGAUGCCAGGAAGUACAUCGAGAACAUCCGCAACGUGCAAAUGUCGCUCGACUCGGGUAACCUGUCGGACCCCAAGAAGUUCCAUCCGCAGGACCGCGUGCUGCAAGUUGUGGCUCGCUGCAUGAAGGAGGCCCGCCGCAAGGCCGAGCAGAUGCAGGUGUAUCUCGAGGAGAUGCUACGCACGUACAAGGACAUCAUGGUCUUCUACGGCGAAGAUCCGACCGACGAGAACGCGCGCCGCGAGUUCUUUGCCAAGCUGGCUCAAUUUAUUGCCGAGUGGAAGAAGUCACGGCAAAAGAACAUGGAAUGGGAAGAGCAACGGCGCAAGAACGAGGCUGCUCUCAAGCGCAAGAACGCCCUGCUGGCCGCCCAGGCCCAGGAGGCCGGCUCGACCAGCUCGACUAACACCGGCGCCAUGGACAGCCUACUCGAAAAGCUACGAGCCGCAGCUCCCCAGGCCCGCGAUCAGCGCGACCGCCGCCGUCGUGCUCGCCUCAAGGACCGUCACCAGCAGCGCGUUGCUUCAGGCCAGAAGAUGCCCGAACUAGCUAUCCUGUCGGGCAUGAACGCCGACGGCACACCCAACGGCUCCGGGGCAUCCCAAAACCCCGAUGCCUCGUCCGACCAGCUGGCCGACCAAAACGGCGCUACGUCGGCCGAUCCCAACACCAGCAGUAGCAACCUCCUCAGCGUGCCCAACGCUGGGAACCCAUCCCCCGCCGGUGAUCUUGGCGCCAAUGCUGACGGCACGGCUACGAAUACGAUUACGGCAAAUGGUAUUACGAUUACCACGACUCCAGCAACAACCGCAGAAGACGACGUCGCUCAGCGCGCGGCGCUGUUGCUGCAGGGUAUGCGGAACGACAGUGCCGGUGCCAACGGCGAAAGUGCCGGUUUGAGUGGGGCGGAUGGGGAUCUGAGCAGUAGUAAGCGUGAUUUCUCUGUCAGGAGAUCGAGAAGACAGACUGCAGACGAAGAGAGGCGGAUGAGGAGACGAAGGAGAGAGCUUGCGCAGAGUACAGCUAGUAAUUCAGCGGCCAGGAGCACCGAUAGUGUUAUUAGUGCUGCUGCCGCGGGCAGUGAAGUUGGAGAGGGGCAAGGCGAGGAGAAGGUUGCUGGUGUUGAUGGAGCAACGAGUGAUAGGCCUGGGGAUGAGGGAUCACCGGAAGAGCCGGUGGAGGGUGGAAGAGUGUGUUGGGUUUGGUCUGGUGGGAUUCCCGCUAUUACUGCUGCUGCUGCUGCUGCUGCUGCUGCGGCGGCGGCGGCAACAGUCACUGCUGUGAUUUCUUGA